CGAUGCUAUGCAGUCUCCGAUUAGUGGUCUAGGGAAUUUUCUUCCUUAAAAGGGAAUUGAGAGUUAACAUCGGGGAAAUUCAGGUUUGACAGUUUGACUGUUUUGAUUCAGUUUAGACUAAAUUGAAAGGAAGAUCAAAAUGAGUUACGUAGAUCAAGUAGUGGAAGAAGAUUUAACUCAAAACGACGAAGACGAAUCGUUUUUUCAAGACGUGGACAUUUUACAGAAUCAUGGAAUAAAUGUCGCCGAUAUCAAAAAGCUGAAAUCUUCAGGCGUGUGUACAAUUAAGGGUAUACAGAUGAAUACAAAGAAGAGAUUAACUUCAAUUAAAGGAUUAUCGGAAGCUAAAGUGGAAAAAAUAAAAGAAAUUGCAAGUAAAAUAGGUUCUUCGAAUUUCUUAACAGCAUUGCAAGUCAGCGAAAAUCGAAAGCAAAUUUAUCGUGUAACCACCGGUAGUCAGGAGUUGGAUAAACUUUUAGGAGGAGGAAUCGAAAGUAUGGCAAUUACAGAAGCAUUCGGAGAAUUUCGAACUGGAAAAACUCAACUAUCUCACACUCUAUGUGUCACUUGCCAAAUUCCAGGCAAUAAUUAUCCAGGAGGAAAAGCGAUUUUUAUAGAUACAGAAAAUACUUUUCGCCCAGAUCGUCUCCGUGAUAUAGCCGAUCGCUUUAAUUUGGAUCACGAAGCCGUGUUGGAAAACAUUCUCUACACUCGAGCUUUCACCAGCGAACAUCAGUAUGAAAUUCUGGAUCACGUGGCUGCAAAAUUUCACGAAGAAGGCGGAAUCUAUCGUCUUCUGAUUAUAGACUCGAUUAUGGCACUUUUCCGCGUAGAUUAUAGUGGCAGAGGAGAAUUAGCUGAUCGACAACAAAAAUUGGCCCAGAUGUUAUCGAAAUUACAGAAAAUUUCUGAAGAAUAUAACGUAGCGAUUUUUAUUACUAAUCAAAUGACUGCAGAUCCAGGUGCGACUAUGUCGUUUCAAGCAGAUCCAAAGAAACCUAUUGGAGGUCAUAUUUUGGCUCAUGCUUCAACCACGAGAAUCAGUUUGAGAAAAGGUAGAGGAGAAUUGAGAAUUGCUAAAAUUUAUGACAGCCCUGAUAUGCCUGAAAACGAAGCAACUUUUGCAAUUACUUCAGGCGGAAUUUCGGAUGCUAAAGAAUAAUUUUUAUAAUGUUAUUUCAUAACAUUAUAAAAAUUACACUCGUAAGUUUAGAUAUUUAAUUCAAAAUAAUCACUUAAUAUUCUGUUAUACUUU